AGUUAAGUCCUGCGGUCCCUUUGCCCCUCCUCUUUGAUGUUCUGACAUCAUUAGUCCGGCCCCCUGAAAGAUCUCCUUGCUUUCCUCAGAGCCCGUCACUUUUACUUGGGAAUGUUUACAGGAACUUCAUGAGCAGCAUCAGGACCAAGUGUUUGUCAGAGAUAAAAAGAAAUGCUCUGAAGAAACUUUUGGUUCAGGGAUUACAGUGAGUGCCUCAGGUGUAGCCGCUGGGCUCAACAGAGUAAUGGCUGUUCAGACUGCAAUCAUGAACCCUCAGUUCAUGAAUUUCUGUUUCCCUGGUUCAGUAAUGGAGUACGACAUGGAGAAAAGUCUGGAUGGAAAUCUCCUUGGAGAGGCAGAAAAUGACGAGGACUACAAAGAGACCACCAGGGACCUGCUGAGCUUCAUAGAUUCAGCCUCCAGCAACAUCAAGCUGGCUCUGGACAAGCCAGUGAAAUCCAAGAGGAAAGUCAACCACCGGAAGUAUCUCCAGAAGCAGAUUAAAAGGUGCACUGGCAUUAUAACACCAGGAAACAUAGCAGAAGCUCCAGUUAAAAGACAGGGUUCCCCCUUGGCUCAGCCCAGCCCUUUGCAGAGCAAAACGUUGCCUAAGAGGGACGGGGUCCAGGCCAACUUGCAGAGCAAGAGCUUGGCAGCACUCUUCAGCCCUGUGAAGGAUAUAAGGGGUGAGAAAGCCAAGAAACCACCCCUGAGGCAUCGCAAUCUGCCUCCUUCUUUCUUCACUGAGCCUGCCAACUGCUCCAAAGUCAGCUCCACAUCUGGGAUGACGCUGAAGGACCUGGAGCGAGGAAAUCCUGAGGCUGCAGAGUUCUUUGAGCUCCUGGGGCCUGAUUACAGCAACAUGGUCAGUGACCAGGACCUUUAUCAAAGCAUGCCUCUGCGGGUGCAGCCAGAGAUGGGAGGCCCAGAUCCUGCUUCAUAUGAUGCUCACCAUUUGGUCAGUGGCCUCCUCUACUCUGAGCCCUGGACUAGCUGCUCAGGACCCUCUAAGAAAGUAGGAGGCAGCCUGCGUACAGGCCUGACCCAGCCUCCUGUCUACUGUCCCUCUGAGGCUGCUGGAGCCAUAGAGGACAACGCACUGUGCACUUUGGCCUUUCCCAACUUCUUCACAGACUGCACCAUACCUCAGGUCUCUUAUGAUUUAAGUGGGAGUUACAACAGAGUUAAUUAUUCAUCUCUAUGAGAAUCUAUAUUGUAGUUAGGAGAGCUGGAGGAGAAAGAUGCUGUGAUAAGUUUAACACUAGUCUAAGAGUUUGAUAUUCCUGUGUCAUUGUUUUUCUGUUGUUGAAGAAAUAUUGCAACUGGAUUGAAACAUUUUGUAACAACAAUACGUGACUUUCCCUGAGAGAAACUAGGAACAUGGAGUGAUUUUAUUCAAAGGAAAUGUCCAAAGCUUUUUAGGUAGCUGGAUACUGCAUACUUUCACACUCCUGAUUCAUUCACUUCACUGUUUUGUUUGAUGUUCAAUUGUUUAACAUAUGGAUAUUAUUAUGUUUAUCUCAGGCAAUGUCUAAAGUCAUUCUGAAUGAAAAUGCACCUGAUUUCAGUUGUGCUCCAUCUCUGUCACUAGAGUAUGCGGGUCUGCUCUUUCAGAUGUGUUAAUACAGACUUCUUAUUCUUGAAAGCACACACACACACACGCACACACACAAGUUGCUGAAAUACAGUUUUUGAUUUCUACUAAACAUCACAUCUUGCCAUAAAAUAUCAUAGUGCUAUUUGUCUCAUCUGACAAAACAUGCUGCAACAAUCUCUUAGUGAAGCACUUUUUUUUGUUCCUGUUAAAAAAACAGUCCUGUGUAGAGAGACAGAGAGGGGGAAAACUCAUUUUGCUACGAUGAUUAUCACAAGAAUUUGUGAUGCCAUGUUAGUUUUACCACUUUUUACAGCUCAGAAUGGGUUUUUAUGCUGUCAGAGUUAUCACCUGUAUCCAUUUUGCUGGGAAAAAAAACCUCUAAUGUAUCUAUUGUAAGAAGACAAAAUAAAGCUGGCCUUUAUUACUGUGAAAA